CCUGGAUUUUGUUUCACUGUCUUAUGAAACAGCAGUGCUGCCGCAUGAAGGUUCGAAGGCUGAUCCCAUUCUUUAGGAGGAGAGAUUGGGCAAAGAAGAUUGAGAAAGAUGAGGGCUACUUGAUGGAGAAGAGCUUGCGGGAGUGCGAACUGAGAAUUGUCCAUGCAGGGGGAUUUGUAGAGAAGUAUUAUGUGGCAAUAAGGGCAGCUGAAGUCUUAGAGAAACACCCAGGCCUUUGCCUUGCAAGGCCUGAGGUUUUCAAGAGACCCCAUGAGUCUCUUGUAAGCCCUGAUGAGUCCCUUUUGCCUGGUCAGAAGUUCUUGUUAGUCCCUCAAAGCACUGUUCGGAAGCUUAGAGAAAGACACUCAGAGAGUUCACUAGAGCUCGCUAAGCGUGCAUUUGAGAGGGACUCAGUGGUGAAGAAGUGCGAGGAGGGAGAAGAUGGAGAGGAUUGUUCGAUUUGUUCUGCAAGGGAGUUCUUUUUGGCUAGAGAUAGAUGGUCGACCUGCAUUCGGAAGAGGUGGACAAACAUGAGUGCGUCGAAGAAGCCUUUCAGGCCGCCCAUCAAAAGGGGCUUGCAAGGGCCAGGGUGGCAACCCAGUCUCACUUCUGUAAAGGAGUUGUCACCUUGAGUCUUGAGAGAGAGAGAGAGAUAUAGGGAGAGAAGGAAUUGUGAUACCAGAAAGAGAGAGAAGCUGAAAUGUGUGUUGGUUUUAGAUAUUUUUGCUGGUAAGGGAGAGAGAUCUGAUACUUGUUUUGGUUCUAUUUGGUUAUGUAGCUGGUUAUCAUUGUGGUGCAGUGCCAAAACCCGGCCUUGGCUGUAAUGCUUUAACACCUGCAUAGUUUCUUAUUGUGCUCUUA